CACACGGAUAGUUAAUCACAUCCGUCGAUCCUUCACCACCGCUCAUUAUAAAUAGUCCUCGGCGGCCCUUCAACUCGGAACUUUUCCGUGCUUUUAGAGAGAUAAAGCAGACAGAAGAGGAGCGAGAAGAAGGAGAAGAGGAAGAAGAGCGAGAAGAAGAAGAAGAAAGGUCAAGAGGUAUGGUUUCUUUCCGCCCCCUUGUUUCUUCUGUUUCUCGGUGUAGGAAUAUUCAUCUAUCUGGUUCUUUUUCCCUGAGAUUCUCGCUCCGUUGUUUCCGAUUCCGUCCGUCUCGUUUCUUCUUCUGAUUUCUUCCCCGCGAUAGAGUACCCAUGGAUUUUCCACAUUUCGUUUCAUUGCAUUGGCAAAUAGUUUCUCCUCGAAUCAACCUCUUCCUUCGUAGGCCGGCGUCGAUUUAUUGAAAAAAGCCCUGGGUUAAGCUGGCUGCAGAUUAACGAUUUAGUGUUUAUGUGCUGUUUAGACUUGAUUAUGUCGUUUAGAGUACAAUUGUUACCUUGGAAAUCUAGGGUUCUUCGCUUCCAGAAUAAAUUGUGAUGCAAUAGGGUACACUGUUUAGGAAAUCUGAUGGACGCUCUUUAGUUUGAAUUCAAGUCUAGUUUUCAGAGUUGAAUAAGUUCUUCUUCCUUCAAAUCUGGGGUGGUCGCGUAUAAUUUUAACUGGGUAACUGUGAGCUUGUAUAAUAUUGGUUCCUGCCAGAGAUUUUGUGAUUGUUUGUAAAGAUUGUGUUCUUUCAGCGCAGAUGGCUCGUACAAAGCAAACUGCACGUAAGUCCACUGGAGGAAAGGCUCCCAGGAAGCAGCUCGCUACCAAGGCUGCCCGUAAGUCUGCCCCCACCACUGGUGGUGUGAAGAAACCCCAUCGUUACAGACCCGGAACUGUUGCUCUUCGUGAAAUCCGUAAGUACCAGAAGAGCACUGAACUUCUGAUCAGGAAGCUGCCAUUCCAGAGGCUUGUUCGUGAAAUUGCGCAGGAUUUUAAGACUGACCUGCGUUUCCAGAGCCACGCAGUGCUUGCUCUGCAGGAGGCAGCUGAGGCUUACCUUGUGGGGCUGUUUGAGGACACCAAUCUGUGCGCCAUCCAUGCCAAGCGUGUCACCAUUAUGCCCAAGGAUAUCCAGUUGGCCAGGAGGAUCAGGGGUGAGCGUGCUUAAGGACCAAUUAGAAUGUGUUGUGGUUGAUAUCUUCUGGAAUGGGAAGAUGGUCAAUGGAAUGGUGUAAUUUUGGGGGGUUGGUUUUUGGAUGUAGUAAUUCACUGCUGUUUUCUCUGCCAUGAACUGGUUUAAGGGUAGAUAAAAAUAGUUCUGUCUUGGGGAAUCUUAGGCCUUGUUGAAUUGAACAUUGCUAGCUAUAUGAUAUGGUUGUAAUGGUGGAGUCUUGUGAUGUUCUGUUCCUGAUUCUGGACCUGAACCUUUGAUGAUAUAUAGUUUCUUCAAUUUUGUGGCUUCGGAUUCUUGCCUUACGUUGUACUUUCUGGGGUUAAUCUUGGGUGGGGGCUGUCAAUUAGGGCUUCCAGAGUAUUUCACCGUGCAACGUUUUCAAGCUAACAAUGAAGUUUAUCAUCUAGCUGCAGUGAAACAUGUAAUUAACUAUCUUAUUGGUA